AUGCCCAGCGUUUCAGCAUCUCCUCUCUUGAAUACCUCCGACAUCGAGCUUUUGCGACGAAAGCUCGCCGACGAUGUACGCAUUGAACGCUAUACUCCCUUAGCUCCCCCUGCCCUGGUGCAGUACGAGAUCCCACACACAGCCAACAGUCUCCUUACUGUGCUCAACAGCCGAAUUGAGGCCCGCGAUAUUAUCCGCCAGAACGACGAUCGACUCCUGGUCCUGGUCGGACCCUGCAGUAUUCACGAUCCAGAGUCUGCUAUCGAUUAUGCGUCUCGUCUGCGAAUACUAUCCAAGGAACUGCGCGAUGACCUAUGUAUCGUCAUGAGGGCGUAUCUGGAGAAGCCUCGCACUACCGUUGGCUGGAAGGGCCUCAUCAACGAUCCCAAUGUCGACGACACCUUCGACACCAACAAAGGUGUGAGGGUUUCACGUCAACUAUUGGUCUCCCUCACCGAUCUCGGAGUACCUGUGGCAUGUGAGAUGCUGGAUACCAUCUCCCCUCAGUACACCGCGGACUUGAUCAGUGUGGGCGCUGUGGGCGCCCGCACUACCGAGUCUCAGCUGCAUCGGGAGUUGGCUUCUGGUUUGUCAUUCCCAGUUGGCUUCAAGAAUUCUACAGAUGGCUCUGUAGGGACAGCUGUGGAUUCGUUAAAAUCUAUGCGGGGUCGUCAUCACUUCAUGUCCGUCACCAAACAGGGUGUCAUUGCAACAACAAGCACCAAGGGCAACGAAGAUGGUUAUGUUAUUUUGCGAGGUGGUGCCCGCGGCACCAAUUUUGAUGCCGCAUCGGUCAACGCCACUCGUGAACUACUUCGUUCCAAGAAUGAACGCGAAGUCGUCAUGAUUGACUGUUCCCAUGGCAACAGCUCCAAAGACCACCGAAAUCAACCCAAGGUUCUCAAGGUUAUUGAGGAGCAGCUCCGCGAAGGCCAGGAGGGCAUCAUCGGUGUGAUGGUCGAAUCAAACAUCCGCGAGGGCAAUCAAAAGCCACCCUCCAAGGGCCUGGAGGGCUGUGAGAAGGGUGUCAGUAUCACAGAUGCAUGCAUUGAUUGGGAGACCACCGAGCAGUCCAUGCGUUCGCUGGCUCAUGCUGUGCGAGAUCGACGCGCCCGUGUCUCCACCGGCAAGAACUAG